AUGCAAAACAUUAAGAACCAAAACGUACACACAAACAUUCGUCCAAAAACCCCAUCGAUCAAAGUAUCAAAACCAAAGAGUCUCGAAAGGAGAUCGGAAAAUUCAAAAUAGAGCAAAAAGAUGAAAAAUAUACCGUUGCUUUUGAUGGGUUGUGGUGGAGUUGGCCGUCAACUCCUCCAACACAUUGUUUCUUGUCGAUCCCUUCACGCCAAACAGGGGGUGCAUCUUCGAGUAGUAGGUGUGUGUGAUAGCAAAUGUUUGGUGGUUGCACCUGAUGUUUUCACUGCAGAAUUAGAUGAUUCAUUUCUUCUAGAAGUUUGCCGGGUCAAAUCCAAUGGCUCUCCUUUGCUGACUCUUGGAAAUUUUGGUGCAUGCCAAGUGUUUACCAGUCCAGAUGUUUUACUGAAAGUAACUGAUAUUGGUGGUCUUCUUGGUAAAUCAACAGGUUUAGCUUUUGUUGAUUGUUCAGCUAGUGCCGAGACUAUUGGAGUGCUAAAUCGUGUUGUAGAUUUUGGUUGUUGUGUGGUGCUGGCUAACAAGAAGCCUCUUACUGUGUCAAUGGACGAUUAUGAUAAGUUGGUCUCACAGCCGCGUCGCCUUAGACACGAGUCAACUGUUGGUGCAGGCCUUCCUGCCAUAGCAUCCUUAAAUCGCAUAAUUUCAUCAGGAGAUCCCGUCUACCGUAUUAUUGGGAGUUUGAGUGGUACCUUGGGAUAUGUAAUGAGUGAGGUUGAGGAUGGAAAGCCAUUCAGCCAAGUCGUUAGUGCUGCUAAAAGCCUUGGCUACACUGAACCAGAUCCUCGGGAUGAUCUUGGCGGCAUGGAUGUAGCAAGAAAGGCUCUAAUUCUUGCUCGACUCCUUGGGCGGCGUAUUAACUUAGAUGAUAUGAAGAUUGAAAGCUUGUAUCCUGAAGAAAUGGGACCAGAUGUGAUGCCUCUGGAAGACUUUCUAGCUAAUGGUCUUCCCUUACUUGAUAAGAAUAUUGAAGAUAGGAUUAAACAAGCUUCUGCAAACGGGAAUGUUCUGCGUUAUGUCUGCUUGAUUGAUGAUACAAGAUGUGAAGUUGGCAUCCAAGAAGUCCCAAAAGAUUCUGCUUUGGGAAGAUUAAGGGGAAGUGAUAAUGUGCUGGAGAUAUACAGCCGUUGUUACGAGAAACAACCACUGGUUAUCCAAGGUGCUGGAGCAGGAAAUGAUACCACAGCAGCUGGUGUCCUAGCUGAUAUCCUUGACAUUCAGGAUUUAUUCCCUCAACCGAGUGUUGUACACCGUGGACAUUGAAGACUCAGAUUUGUGUCGCUUAAUUUAACAUCUGAUCUUCAAAGAGGAAAUACGGACUAUUCUUGACCGUCUGCUUCCAGAUUGGAGAUUGAAAUCGGUGUCAGCCAAGCACAUCCAAUUUUGAAAAAUUUAUCGGACACACAAGAGUCCCUUGUCUAUUUACAGUAAUAAUAAAUUAUGUGAUUUCUCUCCUCUCUUGUCAGUAGUGCAUAACGACAUAAAUGGAACUACUGCAUACGGUGACACUGAAAUGGCACAGCUACAAAUUGAGUCCUGUGUUGGCCUUAGCGCAGGACAAAGUUUCAGGAUUACACUUCAGCUUAUAAUCAGUUCAAUUGUUAAUGACCAUUUUGGUACUUGAACCGUUGAUGCUAUGACAAUUUUUAGAGAGCCAUCUCUUCAUUAUGCUUUUCAAUGUAUGAAGUGAUUUGAGAUCAUGCUCAUAA